ACUGUUGCACGCCGGCAAACCUGAAAACACAACUCCCACAUGCCGUAACAGCAGCUGCAUGCGCUGCAGGUUAAUGAGACAAUAUUUUGAGUCUUUAGAUACGUUUAGUAAUUAAAAUGUCGGAGGCGCCAGACAGAGCGGACGUGUCAGAGAAACCUCCACCUGCGAACUGGAUCCUUCUGCAUCCAACGUAUCAGCACAUGAAGAAUCUGGAGGUUGGGGACAAUGCACAGGUACACGCAGCUUUCCUCGUGUACAUGGAUCUUGCUGAGGUGCGUCGGUGGAAAGAUUUGUCUUGUGUCAAGAGUCCUGAGCUGCAGGUGAUUUUGCUGGAAGGGAGGGAGAAGGAAGGAGCACCCGUCCAGACAAUUCUCCCGCUGCCUGCUCACCGAUCUCUGAGCCACAAAAGCAUACGUCAUGUGCUGGGCAGAGGCUUUCCCAUGCUGUUGUGUGCUGUAGCUUCUGACUCCACCCUGGUCUACCAGAGGAUGACUGAUGGGUUGGUGACACCUGACCCUCCUGUAGGCCCUUUUCAGGAUGUGGGACGCCGGCAGCACCGGAAGAGACGGCAGCAGCACUGAGCAGCUGGAGUGAGAAGACACCUUGGUGUUGUUGGUGAACUAGAGGAGCAGGAUGGGACAGGAUGUCUGUCUGUCUGUGUAAGCUGCUCCUAAAUAAAGUCAAAGGUGUACUGACAACAUGGCAGCGGGUGGACUGAAACACAGGGCCCUUUUUAGUUGCUGUAUGUGGCUGUGAGGCCGAGCCAAUGAUUCCCUCUCAGCAAGAAACCACCGGUUACAUCCAACAAGUGAAGUCUAUUUCAGUGGUUCCCAAACUUUUAGGCUUGUGACUUUUGACCCAUUGUCACCAGGUGAGUGAGUGAAAGAGUGAGUCUUAUUUGAAUAAUUUUCAUGAGGUGAAGAGUUAAAAUUAUGCAGUAAUUAACAAGAAAAAGAGAUAAUUUUGUGUAUAAAUGCACAAUUCUUUUCCUGCUCUCCUCACCUGUAAUCGUCUCGUGAGCCCUCAGAUUGGAGGGUCCUGAAAACACUGGUCUAGUUCAUUUUUAGAGAAACCAUUUGGUGACUGUGACAGAACGCAGGCCUGUUCCCUGUUUGGGAGAUUUGUUGUACGCAUGCACACCACAUAGUUGACUAGGUGCUCCCUCAAUGCAAUCGGGGAUGUGUUCACACAACCCUACACUUUCAAGUAUUUAGUAGUUACGUGCCUUCCUCUAAACCUACAAAGGGGACCUGAUGAGUGGGAUCCCAGUGCAUCCACAAAACAUUUUGAUAAAUAAUAUAUAGAUAUAGAUAUACCAUAAACAAACAUUUUUGAUAAUGAUCCCUCAAAUUGUGACUGUACAUGACUCCCAUAUACGGUUAGUUUGUGCUUAAUAAAUGUGAACUUUGUGUCCUAAAUCAUA